AAUUAACAAAAAAUUCGUCAUAUAUACCAAUCUUUUUGGAGAGUGUAUAAGACUAAUUGACCCACCUUCAAAAAUCACUUGGACACACAGAAAAACCUGUGAAAGGAAAACUAUCAUAUUGUUGAGUUUGAGCGGUUUGACAAUGACAUCUUUAGAGACAAGCACAUCUGAAACCGAACCAACAGUGAUCCUGCCGGCGGAAUCCACGGAUACUGGCCAGGAACUACAACAAAAUGUUUACAUCAAAGCUGAACAAGAGGAGGAAUCAGUGCCGGAAGAUUUAAAGGAUUUCGUUGUGUUAGAUGAGGCAGAAAUUACGGAUUCCGAGAAUGAAAGUGUGGAUUCCAAUGGCGAGACGAUACAGUGGGACUGCCCGGCGCAUCUUCUCGCUCCACGAACGUAUUCUGAUAAAGAUUUUUCGCCAACCACUCUGGAUCCACGUUGCAAGCCGGACUGGCCAUUAGCGGCUUUCUGGCCGGUAUAUGUUGGCAACUUUCGACUCUACCGGCGACAUGAUGGAGAUUACAAUUGUACGCAUGCAGUUCAUAAGUACUUUGCUUCGAAGGGCAUUCCGGCUUUCAUGGUGUUCCGGCGGAAGGACACUUUCUUCGAAGAGUACCAGAAACGUGUCGGUUUUUACGAUAUGUUGGUGUACUUCUGUUGCGAAAAAGAUGCCAAUCGGGCUGUGCAGUGGUGUCAUCGGGAUCGGUACUAUGGCCACCACUUGAAUGUGUGCAACGGACGCACACCGGAUUUCUUUCCGAAGCGUAAAUCGUGGCGUUUCGAACAUAUGAUAGUGGAGGAUAAGCUGGAAAGCGAAACAAGUCUUGAGCACUAUCUACGGCAAUACGAUGGCGUAAAAUAUGUUUCCAAACAGGAUUUGGAUGGUGUUUUCGUUCAGUUUUAUCGAGUAUCUCGACAUGGGUUUUCAGAUGCUUUUCUAGACGAUGAACGUUUUCUCGCGAUUCCUAUUGAUGACACCGUUAGAAAGCAACGUUUCAUCGAACAAGAUGUCGAGGAUGAAUUACGGAAAAAGAUAGCAGAGAAUGAAAAAUUCAUGCGUUUGCGGCCGAAACGCCACAUGUUAGAAUCUUUGAAGCAUGGAGUUAUCCCGCCUAUGAGGCGGCUUUGGGAACAGGAUGAAAUAGAGAACUAUCAGUUCACGCAUGCAGGGGAAGAGCGACAGCGUUUCCAAAGAAAGCGGCAUAUGUUUGAUCGCUUCGUAGAUAGGGAUGAUAUGGUACAUACGAAGAGACCGUUUAUAAAACAUUCGGCUAGCAGAGGGAAAUGGAUGAAUCAUCAUAGAACCACAGCUUUCAAACAUCGAGGGAAUCACGCAGCAGCUCGCGACAAACGUAAAACAAUCAUAAAGCAAGAGAAUCAAAAUGCCAAAACAGAGAAAGACGAACUAAAGAGUGAAAUGACAGAUUCGAAGACUGUGGUUAAAGACGAGAAGUAACUUUUUGGCGUUUUUUCCUCAAAUCAAUUCAGCUGGCAUUUUCCGUCGAAUCGUGUAAAACCAAUUAUGUUGAAUAAAAUAAAUACCUUUUGAUUUCUAA